AUGUGCAAAUCCCUAUGCUCCACCCCGAAAGAUCCCGAUUCAGUAGAUCUGGGGUGGGGCCUGGAAAUCAGCAUUUUAAACGGCUGCUCCAGGUUGAUGCCCAUAAUCUGCGGACCUCACCUUCAGAAACACCGGUGUAACUGGUGGAGAGGAACAUUGCAUUGGGUUGGCUAUGGGGCUGUUUAUCUUCUGGAAGGCUUCCAAGAGGAAGUGAUUCUAGCUUGGCUUUGUAUUGAGGGACCAGAAAAUCCAUUGGUUCUUUACCCCACAGUGAUGAACUCCCUGCCCGCUACCAGCAGGAUGCAGAAGAUCUCAGUGCUGCUCUUCCUGGCCUGGGUCGGCUUCCUCUUCUACGCUGGCAUUGCCCUCUUCACCAGUGGUUUCCUGCUCACCCGUUUGGAGCUCACCAACCAUAGCAGCUGCCAAGAGCCCCCAGGCCCUGGGUCCCUGCCAUGGGGAAGCCAAGGGAAACCCGGGGCCUGCUGGAUGGCUUCUCGAUUCUCUCGGGUUGUGUUGGUGCUAAUAGAUGCUCUGCGAUUUGACUUUGCCCAGCCCCAGCGCUCACAUGGGCCUGGGGAACCUCCUGUCUCUCUGCCCUUCCUGGGUAAACUGGACUAUUUGCAGAGGAUCCUGGAGAUUCAGCCCCACCAUUCCAGGCUCUACCAGUCUAAGGCUGAUCCCCCCACCACCACCAUGCAGCGCCUCAAGGCCCUCACCACUGGCUCACUGCCUACCUUUAUUGAUGCUGGCAGUAACUUUGCCAGCUAUGCCAUAGUGGAAGACAAUCUCAUUAAGCAGCUUGCCAGUGCAGGAAGGCGUGUGGUCUUCAUGGGAGAUGAUACCUGGAAAGAUCUUUUUCCUGGAGUUUUCUCUCAAGCUUUCUUCUUCCCAUCUUUCAAUGUGAGAGACCUGCACACAGUGGACAAUGGCAUCCUGGAACACCUCUACCCAACCAUGGACAGUAGUGAAUGGGAUAUGCUGAUUGCUCACUUCCUGGGUGUGGAUCACUGUGGCCACAAGCAUGGCCCUCACCACCCUGAAAUGGCCAAGAAACUUAGCCAAAUGGACCAGGUGAUCCAGGGACUUGUGGAGCGUCUGGAGAAUGACACACUGCUGGUGGUGAUUGGGGACCAUGGAAUGACCAUGACUGGGGACCACGGAGGGGAUAGUGAGCUGGAGAUCUCAGCUGCACUUUUUCUGUACAGUCCCACAGUCCUCUUUCCCAGUGCCCUACCACAGGAGCCGGAGAUAGUUCCUCAAAUCAACCUUGUACCUACGCUGGCCCUGCUGCUGGGCCUGCCCAUUCCAUUUGGGAACAUCGGGGAGGUAAUGGUUGAGCUGUUCUCAGUGGUUGAAGACCCCCAGCCUCACUCCUCUGCUCUGGCCCAAGCCUCAGCUCUUCAUCUCAAUGCCCAGCAGGUAUCCCGAUUUCUUCACACCUACUCAGCUGCUGCUCAGGACCUUCAAAUUAAGGAGCUUCAUCGACUGCAGAACCUCUUCUCCAAGGCCUCUGCUGACUACCAGCGACUUCUGCAAAGCCCCCAGGGGGCUGAGGCAGCACUACAGACUGUGAUUACUGAGCUGCAGCAGUUCCUGCGGGGAGUUCGGGCCAUGUGCAUUGAGUCUUGGGCUCGUUUCUCUUUGGUUCGCAUGGCAGGGGGUGCUGCUCUCAUGGCUGCUGCCUGUUUUCUUUGCUUGCUGGUAUCCCAGUGGGUAACAUCCCCAGGCUUCUACUUCUGCCCCCUCCUCCUAACACCCAUGGCCUAUGGUCUGGCUGGUGCCAUAGUGUGUGCUGGACUCCUGACAGCUACCGGACUGAAGCCGGAUCCAGUGGUCCUAGGGGCCAUGGCUGCAGUGGGCUCACUCCUGCCUUUUUUGUGGAAAGCGUGGGCUGGCUGGGGGUCCAAGAGGCCCCCAGCAGCCCUACUGCCCAUCCCUGGGCCUGUUCUGUUAUUCCUGCUCAUUCGUUUUGCUGCUUUCUUCUCUGACAGUUUUGUUGUAGCUGAGGCCAGGGCCACCCCCUUCCUUUUGGGCUCAUUCAUCUUGCUCCUGGUUGCCCAACUUCACUGGGAGGGCAAGCUGCUGCCACCUAAGCUUCUCACAAUACCCCGCUUUUGCCUUUCGGCCUCAACAGGCCCACCACGGCACAAUGGCACACAUGCCCUGGGACUUGGAGUUGGGUUGCUUUUAUGUAUAAGGCUAGCUGGACUUUUUCAUCGGUGCCCUGAAGAGACACCUGCUUGCCAUUCCUCUCCCUGGCUGAGUCCCUUGGCAUCCAUGGUGGGUGGUCGAGCCAAGAAUUUGUGGUAUGGAGCUUGUGUGGGGGCUUUGGUAGCCCUGUUAGUUGCUGUGCGCCUGUGGCUUCGCCGCUAUAGUAACCUCAAGAGCCCUGAGCCCUCUGUGCUCUUUGUGCGCUGGGGGCUGCCCUUAAUGGUACUAGGCACUGCCGCUUACUGGGCAUUGGCAUCAGGAGCAGAUGAAGCACCCCCACGUCUCCGGGCCCUGGUUGCUGGAGCAUCAGUUGUGCUGCCCAGGGCUGUGGCAGGAUUGGCCGCUUCAGGGCUCAUGCUGCUGCUCUGGAGGCCUGUGACAGUGCUAGUGAAGGCUACAACAGGUGCUCCAAGGACCAGGACUGUCCUCACUCCCUUCUCAGGCCCCCCGACUUCUCGCGCUGACCUGGAUUAUGUGGUUCCUCAAAUCUACCGACAUAUGCAGGAGGAGUUCCGGGGCCGUCUAGAGAGGACCAAAUCCCAGGGCCCCUUGACUGUGGCAGCUUAUCAGUUGGGGAGUGUCUACUCAGCUGCUAUGGUCACAGCUCUCACCCUUUUGGCCUUCCCACUUCUGCUUUUGCAUGCAGAACGCAUUAGCCUUGUGUUCCUGCUUCUGUUUCUGCAGAGCUUCCUUCUCCUGCAUCUGCUUGCUGCUGGGAUAUCCAUCACCACCCCUGGUCCUUUUACUGUGCCAUGGCAGGCAGUUUCUGCCUGGGCCCUCAUGGCCACACAGACAUUCUACUCCACGGGCCACCAGCCUGUCUUUCCAGCCAUUCAUUGGCACGCAGCCUUCGUGGGAUUCCCAGAGGGUCAUGGUUCCUCCACCUGGCUGCCUGCUCUGCUGGUGGGAGCCAACACCUUUGCCUCCCAUCUCCUCUUUGCAGUAGGUUGCCCAUUGCUUCUGCUCUGGCCCUUCCUAUGUGAGAGUCAAGGACCUCGGAAGAGGUGGCAGCCCCUAGGGAGUGAAGCUGAAUCCAGAGUCAGGCCUGAGGAGGAGGAGGAGCCACUGAUGGAGAUGCGGCUCCGGGAUGCGCCUCAUCACUUCAAUGCAGCACUGCUGCAGCUGGGCCUCAAGUACCUCUUUGUCCUUGGUAUUCAGAUUCUGGCCUGUGCCUUGGCAGCCUCCAUCCUCCGCAGGCAUCUCAUGGUCUGGAAGGUGUUUGCUCCCAAGUUCAUUUUUGAGGCUGUGGGCUUCAUUGUGAGCAGCGUGGGACUUUUCCUGGGCAUAGCUUUGGUGAUGCGAGUGGAUGGUGCUGUGAGCUCCUGGUUCAGGCAGCUAGUUCUGGCCCAACAGAGGUAG